AUGACCGAAUAUAUAGGCUUUCGGCAGUCAAGAGACACAUACUCUAGAUACGCAUUCUUACGACGCGAGGAGGAACGCAAAGAACAGUUUCUCUUCCACCUUCUCAGCUUAGACGCCGUGGACUAUCACUCUUUCACGCGGAUGUUGACACAUGCUCGACUUACUUAUCGCGUUUAUGUUCAGACAGGUCUAUCAACCGGGUAUACGAUCACUGCGCGCACGGUACGUCUAGCAACAAGUUUAUUGCCAACCCCGCAUUCGUCAUCGUCGUCCACCUCCAAAUCAGCCACGGUAUCUAGUGCUGCAGGCCUUAUCCCAGGCUCGAUUCAAAGUUCGGAUAAUGGGAUUGGCUGGGGGGCUAUGUCAGCUUCUACCGGCUUCUCCACCACUCCAGGCACACCAAGUCUUUUCCGAUCACCGGGUGUCGUCUCUGCGAGGAGUCAUGCAGGUGGCACAGGAUCGGCAGUCGCGGCCUUCAGACAAACGGGAUCGGCAUGUGAAGUAGACGGAAUCGCAGUCAAUCUGGAAGCUGUGAGCGUCCGGUACGCUUAG